AUGAAAUCGAGCACUAAAAAAUUGAAAAAAUUAUUUAAAAUUAUUCCAGAAGAAUUUGAAAGUUUAUUUCAACAAAAGUUGACUUUUUGCAUUUCAAAUAUAGAAAAGUAUUUUAAAAAAACUGAAAAUGAAUUUAUUGUACUGAGUUCUUCAACAUUUAAGGAUACAUUGCAAGAAUCAAAUAAGAAUCAAGCCAUUAUUCCAAUAGUUAGGACAAUAUUAGCUCUAUCGAAAUGGGAUGGAAUAGAUCUUUUGCCCCAUCGAUUUUUGGACUUUUUUAAAGAUCUUUCCCAUAGAUACUCACCUAAUGAAAGAAUCAGAGCCCUCUACAUGAUAGCAAAAACUGGAACAAAAAAGAAGGAAGUAGAGCAUUUAGAUGAGCUAGUAGAAAUAUUUAGGAAUAAUUUCUCAGUCCUAAAUAUUUUGGAAAGAAAACUCAUUUCAUGGACUGGAAAUAAUGAUUUUUGCUCAUCAUAUAUUGCAUGUGCACACUUUAUGAAGAAUAUUCUGGCUUCAAGUACUGUAAGGGGAGGUACCAUUGGAAUCAAAGCAAAAAAGAUGCAACAUUUCUAUGAGGUUUUGGAAACAGUUGCUAAAGAAAUUCAACAACGAACCAAACUCAAACUUUUGGACAAGUAUGAUGGUAAUAUAACCAAAGACCUAAUGAAGCAACAAGCAAUAGAAAUGUUAGAUGAAUAUGAUGGAAUUCAUCACUCUCUCUUCAGCUUAUUCUCCCCUUUCAUUCAUGAAUUAAUGCGUAUUAUUACAAUGAGAUCUUUUUUCAAAAAAUUGUUGCUAGCAAAGAAACAAAAAACCUUACAAAAUCUAAUUACAGAAUAUUACAGUAGGAUGAAUCGAAUAAAUAGCAAUUUCCAUUAA